AUGCCUUCCAUCCACGACACCCUUCACCAUGGCAGCGGUCAUCACUCCUCUGGCAGCGGCGCCAUCACUGCUCGUCGUCACAGCAGAGCUGAUGCGGAAGAACCUGAUGACCUUUUCCCCGACAUCCCCGAGGCAAAGAAACGUAAGUUCAUUUUGGUCGAGGACAGCGACCGCCAAUCCCGUCUGAGGGUACGCGUCACGCUUGAUGGCGUCGAUACACGCGAGAUCCCCGAUAGCUUCCGGAAGAACAGCUCUGUAUAUCCGCGCUCGUACUUCCCGCGCGAGAUGCAGAGCCCUCCGCCCAGCGCUACCGGGUCAAAGUUCUUCCAGGACGACCUGAGUGACGACCCCGGAGCCGAGGAUGACGGCACCACCGACACAGAGGGUCGUAGGGCUGCAAGAGGGGCGAGGGCCAAGGCUAUGGUCCGCGUUCCCAUGGUGGAUGGUUCCGAGGGAGAGGUUGCUAUCCCCCGCAUGCGCAGGGGUUUCCGUGGCAAGGAGGUCCGCCUCAACGAUCUUGGAUACCGUAUGGCUUGGCUCCAGAGCCGUGUAUUUGCUGGAAGAACCAUCUUCUUGCAGCGAGCUUUGGACUGCUACCGCAACAAGACGCGGUCUGCUAUCGAGUCCCUCAUGCAGGACGUCAAGACGGUCAGCCCGCACCUUGAGACUCGCGUUGGCAAGCGGAAGUGGAACGAGCGGAUGCGUCGCAGUGAGAAGAAAGACGACACCGAGUCUUCUUGA